AUGGGCCGCCAGGAGAAAGGUUACACUCCUGUGUACUCGGACGAGAGGUCAGCCUCGAGUCUGGAUAAUGUGGAAGUUGAACUUACGGCCGCUCAGGCACGGCAAUCAUCACGAAUUCGCAGAUUUGGGGUGUGGGGACUCCAUGCCGCGUUGAUUGUCAUUUACUCGGCAGUUUUUGUCGUUUCCAUGAUCAAAAACAGAUCAAACUCGGGUGUCUUCAGCCUAGUUGAUUGUAGGUCUGGGUGUGAGAAAGCACCUCCGAAUACGAUUGGUGAAGAAACUCACCUUGAAAUAUUUCCCAUCCAAGGGCCACCACAUGGCAUCUACACGGGCGAGCCAAGGCCAGAGGUCGAUCAGGCGUGGAAGGACCUGUUGCAAUAUAACAACAUCAGAGUAUCUGAUGAAUGGGUGCACCGAUGGGGCCGAGAGCAUGAAGCUGUCAAGUUGCCUGAUGGUGGCUACUUGGGAAUGCUCAGUGUCUUCCACGAGCUUCACUGCAUUAAACGCCUCUACCAGACCUUGUCACCGGAGUACUACUAUCCCAAUGCAACCAAGGAAGAAAUUGCGAUAAAUCGAGAGCAUAACCAGCAUUGCCUGGAAGUUCUUAGAAUGGGAGCAGCCUGCCGCGGUGAUGUUUCCAUCAUCACGCACAUGUGGACCGACAAAGACGCUCAACCGAUCGUCAACCAGACGGCGCCGCAUCAGUGUGUUGACUUCAACAAGGUGAUGGAAUACUCGCGAGACAACGUGGUAGACGUUUACCAAGACAAUUACAUUGUGCACCCCAAGUUUGGCCCAUCGUUCCCCCAUGGACACAGCAUCAAGCCCUUCAAGGAACAGGAAAUGGGGCACCAUCACUGA